AUGCAGGAAGGAACAGUAAUUGGAAACAUAGCGUCCGAUAUCGGUUUAGAUACUGGCAGUCUUUCUAAACGUGGGCUACGAAUUGCUUUGGGCAGUGGGAAACAUUAUUUGGAUGUUAACAAAAUUAACGGAUAUUUAUUCAUUAAGAAAAAAAUCGACAGAGAAAGCAUAUGCGAAUUUAAACCUGAAUGCAUACUUAAUCUGGAGGCUUUACUUGAAAAUCCACUGCAGAUGUUUAGCGUUGAGGUAGAAAUCUUGGAUGUAAAUGACAAUGCUCCGAGAUUUCCUUAUUCAGUAAGUCGUAUAAACAUUUCAGAGUCGAAGCUAAAAGACGAAAGGUUUUUGUUGGUGAAGGCCUUGGAUCCUGAUUACGGUAAUAACUCAGUGUGUAAUUAUAAACUGAGUGAAAAUUUGUAUUUUGAGAUCAACGUGCAGACUUGGAAAGAUGGCUCCGUGUCCGCUGAUUUAUUAAUUAAGGAGGCACUAGACAGAGAGAAAAAAUCGGUGCACAAUUUAAUUCUGACGGCACUGGAUUGUGGAAUACCCGCAUUAUCUGGCUCGAUUAAUAUCACAGUUACCAUACUCGAUGAAAACGACAAUGCUCCGAAAUUUGAAAAACAGAUUUACGAAGUAGAAGUUUCAGAAAAUACAUUAACAGGAGCUACUUUUGUUACACUAAACGCGACAGAUGCUGAUGAAGGUCCAAACGCCGAGUUAUUAUAUUCCUUUAAUCCUCAUACCUCUGAAAAGGUCCAAAUGAAAUUCCGUUUGAAUCCGAGGACAGGUGAACUCAGUGUUAAUGAAUUACUGGAUUUCGAACAAUCUCCGUUAUAUGAGUUAUUUGUUCAAGCAAAAGAUAUCGGGCCGAAUCCUUUGACUGGAAACUGCAAAGUAAUAAUUAAAGUAGUUGACAGCAACGACAAUCGGCCAGAAAUCAUUGUUGCGUCAUCGCAGGGUUCAGUAGCUGAAGAUGUACCCAUAGGAACAGUCAUCGCACUCUUUAGUGUCACAGAUCUAGACUCUGGAAACAAUGGCAGGGUAAACUGCCAUAUAUCAGACAAUGUUGAAUUUGAACUUCAGCAAACUAUGGAUGAUGUUUAUGCUUUGGUGACUGCAAAGCUUUUGGAUCGAGAAAGAAAACCUAGCUUUAAUAUCAAUAUUAUCGUUAAGGAUGAAGGAAACCCUCCUCUCACAAACAAUAAAACCAUUUUUUUAAAUGUGUUGGAUGUAAAUGACAACGCACCAUUAUUUUCACGUGCUUUAUACGAAGUUCCCAUUGCAGAAAAUAACAUCCCAGGGUCUCUGUUGUGUUCCAUUACUGCAAAGGAUCCUGAUGCAGAUCUAAACGGCGCUCUGAAAUAUUCCAUAAAGGAAACAAACGACUCCAAUACCUUCACGAACUAUUUUUCCAUCAAUCGGGAUAAUGGAAACAUCUACUCACUGCAGUCCUUCGACUAUGAACAACAGACAUUUUAUACUUUUAAUGUUGUAGCCAAAGACUCUGGGGCUAUUCAGCUUAGCAGCAGCGUGACAGUCAAUAUAACUGUUCUUGAUGAAAACGAUAACACCCCGGUUAUUGUGUCACCCUGGCGCCCUCAUGGUUCAAUAGUCAGCGAUACAAUUCCAAGUUCAGCAGACGAAGGAUAUUUAGUGACCAAAGUUAUAGCAAUUGAUGACGAUUCUGUUCAGAAUUCACGAAUUACAUACCAUUUACUUCAAGUUACUGACCAGACAUUAUUUACGUUAAACCAACACAGUGGGGAACUUCGAACCAGAAGGCGAUUUGGCUUUAGAGACUCAUCCAAACAAAGACUUGUGAUUCAAGCCCGGGACAAUGGCAAUCCUUCACUGUCAUCCACAGUUACAAUCCUCAUAUCAAGGUCUGACCCAGAAGUUGAAAAUCUUCUGACAGUAAAUGAUGAGAUAGAAACGGAACAUUUAUCAUCUUUAAACAUAUAUUUGAUGAUCGGUCUCGCAUCUGCUUCAUUCAUGUUUCUUUUAACCAUAGUGCUGUGUGCUGCAUUGAAAUGCCACCGUAAUUCAUCUGAAGACAGUGAAAAAUCGGCACAUCGGAUAAGCUGCUACAGUCAAAGGGAUUCAAUGAUUUCCGACUUGCCUGCACACUCGACUUUAUAUUCGAGUGACGCUUAUUGGCACAGCGUGCUUUUAGCGGAAUCACGAAAAGGAAAAAUGCUGGUGAGGCAGUCAAUGCCCAAUGGAACUGGCUUUAUUGUUUCCAGUUUGGAGAGGAAUCAGGAGCAGGGAACGAUAAGCGAAUUAGCAGACACACCGAUUCAGUUUCCAAUUCAAAAGCUUGAUGUUGAAAUGUGUGGGUCAACAAAAUCUUAUGAGAGUUAUGAGAACAAGAAUCUGAGUGAAAAACAUUUCGGCUAA